AAUUACAUUUUGUUGUAUGAUGUCCUUAAAUUUUCUCUCAUUGCUGAGGUCUUAUUAUGAAAUCUCUCAGCAGCAUUGCAGCAUGGCUUCUGUGGGUGCGUUAUUAAUGUUUCUGCCUGUUGCGUGGACAUGCUCUCCCCAAAAAGCAGACUACGUUAUGGUUUCGUGCUUCCCCAACGCCAUCAUUGCCAACGUCCCAGAGUGUCCUUAUGGCUGGGAGAUUGACCAGCUGUCACUGGGUGGCGUCUGUUACACUGGGAUCCACAGUCCGGGCUACUACCGCUUCGUCAUCUCAGACCUAACGCCCAAAAACCACUCGUAUUGUGGCACACAGUCUGAGUACAUGCCUGGCAAAGACCCCAAGUACAUCUUCUAUAACUCCAUUGUGUCCAACGACACGUCGCUCACAGUCAGAAACCAGCCGGUCAACUACACCUUCAGCUGCGUGUACCGAGCAGCCUACCUGGUGAACAACGCAGUCUUCAGCCAAAGAGUGGCUACAGUAUAUGUCAACAAUGGGAGUUUAGGCACUUUUAAAUCACAGUUGUCUAUGAACGUGUUCACGAAUUCAAAGUUCCUGUAUGCCAAGGAUGCGCCCUAUGUGAUCGACACUUCUGAGAUCGGCUCUGAAGUUUUCAUCGGCAUCGAGGCCAAAGGACUAAGUAACAGAUUCAAAGUUGUAAUAAACAACUGCUGGGCCACUCCCACCCCUUACUCAACAGACAAGAAGCGGUGGAGUCUCAUCAUUAACAGCUGCUCCUCUGACAGCACGGUGAAUAUUUUCGAGAACGCCAAAGACAGCCGCUCCAUGUUCAAGUUCAACUCUUUCCGCUUCCAGCGGCUGGAGAAGGUGUCCACAGUGUGGCUUCACUGCGAGGUCCAGGUGUGUGAUGGAGACAGGCUCAUCUGUCAGCCCGGCCCCUGCUCCUCCAGAAGUCUGUCAUCAGAGGCAGAGCCAAAUGGGGGGGUCCUUACUGCGGAGUUUCACAUUAAAGGAAAUGAGUCCUCCAAUAAUGGACACAUAAAAGACACGUCGGUAUUCAUCCUGCUGGUGGUCCUGAUAAACACGUGUUGGUAUUUAGUGAAUGUAUCCAGAAUGUAGAAGAAAAAUCAUCCUUCAGUGUCAUUUAUACAUCACUCAUUUAGAUAAAAACCCACACUGAGUGGGAGUGUCACACAGGACUCAGGGAGCGUAUGAACAUGUUCCUCCCCCACCUUCCAGUGAUUCAUUUCCUCAUUUUCUCACAAAUGUUAUUUGUAAUUAGUGCAUUUAUUGAGAUUUUCACAUCCUUUGGUGAAUGCAUAAUCUUGUAAAAUGUCACAUAUGUUACUUCACUGCUUUCUCUGAUAAAGGUUAAUCUAAAAAAAUUUAAAUGAGUCUUGUCUUUUUGGUUUACAUUACACACAAACAUUUAAAAAUCUUUUGAGGACUCCUCACAA